CUUUAGCAUAAUAGCAGAAAGAAAAAAAUAAGUGGGAGGGGGCAAAAUGUCAGGAACGUUCCGGCUUGGAGCUCUGCUGGCAGGAGUGUGUGUUCCUUUUCUAACUCCUCUAAGCUAAAGUAGUAUAAAUACCGGAGGCCGGGGCAUUCAGAGAGGAAGCGUGUGUGCUUGAACAUGUGUGUAGUGAGAGAGAAAGAUCUAUCCCACUCAAGGGCCAUAAAGCCAGGAUUGUAAUAAGUGCUCUUGAGUUGAUCUUGGCUCUUUUCUACACAGACUCAUAGACAGAAGAAAGAGAUGCUAUUUGUUCUGGAUGUAUUUGAACGAUAAGCGUUGGAGUAAGAAUGGAUUUAUUUUACUGAAUUGUGUUAUGAGGUCCUCACCACGACGAAACGGGAGAAGGAGCCUAGACAAGGAGCAGAAGAGAACAGGAUCAAAGUAGCAACAGAUAUAAAAGCAUCACUGAUAUGUGUCCUAUCUAAAGAGGUCUUUCCAUCUCCUCCAACCUGAGAUGGGACGCUUGCUGAGUCUGAAGCUCGCUUACCUGGCACACCUGGUGGCCUACGUGCUGGGCUCGGAGCGGCAACAGCACCAUGUUCAGCAUGGCCUUUGCAGGUACACUUUCAUCCUCCCUGAGGUGGAACAUUGCCAGCUCCAGAAGAACUUUGAGGUCUCUAACACACUCCAGGGGGACUCCGCAGCUCAGGUCAAAUCUGCCGUGAGUCAAAUUACUCUCGGCAGGACCCGGAAGGACAGGUCCUCUUGGCAGGAAAUUAAACUGGAGAGUCUGGAGAGUGCCACAGAGAAUAACACUUUGUGGUUGCAGAAGCUGGAAAACGACAUCAAGGAGAAUCUUCGCGCCGGCAUGGAGGAAAUCAAGAGAAGCACCAUGCACAGCCAGACAGCCGCCAUGCUAGAGAUAGGAACCAACCUCCUAAGUCAGUCAGCAGAGCAGACUCGCAAACUGACUGAUAUUGAAACUCAGGUGUUAAACCAAACGAGUCGCCUGGAGAUCCAGCUGUUGGAGUACUCACUUUUUAAUAACCGCCUGGAGAAACGCAUACUCCUUCAGACUCAGGAGAUCUCACAUCUUGCUGAAAAAAACAGUUUUCUCGAACAGAGGCUGUUAGCGCUGGAGGCUCAUUAUAGGACGGAGCUGCAGAGCUUGCAAAGAGAAAAGCAGCAGUUGCGGGAACUGAUGCAAAGACAGAGUGGACUAGUCAGCCAGCUCCAGGGCGAACUCGGCAGUGCAACUUUCAACAACACAUUGCUACAAAGACAGCAAACUCGCCUUGCCGAUACAGUUGAGCAGCUACAAGCUUUGGUCAAUCACUGCAAUGAAAUCUCCCAUGUGCCCAAACAGGAGUCACCUAGUUUUAGGGACUGUGCAGACAUUCUGCAUUCUGGACAAACAGCAAGUGGGACAUACAGCAUACGCCUCGAUAACUCCACCCACUCUGUCAAGGUUUUCUGUGAUAUGGUGACCAAAGGUGGAGGGUGGACAGUCUUCCAGCAUCGCCGAAAUGGUUCUGUUGAUUUUCAUCGUGGAUGGAAGGACUACAAAUUGGGAUUCGGAGAGCCUUCUGGGGAACACUGGCUCGGAAAUGACAUCAUCCAUAAACUGACGAGAUCUGGGGAAUAUAGCCUGCAUGUCCAGUUGAAGGACAGAGAUGGGCAAGAGGCCUACUCACACUAUAAACACUUCUACAUAGAUGGGGAGGACCACAAUUAUAGCCUCCAUGUUGAGGGCUUUAGCGGCACAGCAGGACGAACCAACAGCAUGGCCCACAGCGGAACUCAAUUCAGCACCAAGGACAGAGACAACGACCGCUGCACCUGCAAGUGCGCACAGCUUGCUUCUGGAGGGUGGUGGUUUGAGGCUUGCGGACCAUCCAACCUGAACGGCGUAUAUUACCCCAACUCAUCCAGCGUGAUUCGGUACAAUGGCAUUAAGUGGUACUAUUGGAAAGGACCAAAUCUAAUGGCUACCAUGGCAACUAUGAUGGUGCGCCCAGCAAACUUCUAAUGACUGUUUAUUUUAGGUCAGACUUCACUCAUCCAUCGUGGACACCACAGUAUUUAAGAUGAAGAGUUUGAAUUAGAAAAUCAAUGAUUAUAUGGGUUCAACAUGAGCUGUGGCAUUUAUUUACCAUUAAUUGACUAAACCCCGCCCACAAGAACACCAAUGCCGUUGAUAAUUGCCAACAAAUAAUACAAGAUGUGACAAAGCACUAUAUUUGAUAUAAAUAAGACAUAGUUUGACAUUUUACAAUAUGACAACAUGUGCUUAUUUAAUAUCGUUAUUCUGUCACUAAAACAAGGACGGCCAUAAUAUAUGAUUUUGCCCUUCCAAAGGGUUUUACAUAGUGAAACAUUCUAGUUCCUUCUUGUCCUGGCUCUCAUAAAAUAUUCAUUUCUGAGUGAUUUCGCUUAUA